UACUGGGCGCAUGCAGUAAUAAGGGCCCUGGGGCAUUGGUUUUUGUCAGGGCUGAAGUCCAACAGCUGGCCUAUUCUAAUAACCUUUAACAAGCCUAUUGCGUGCCACUUCUACAGAACAGAACUGUAUUGCAGGGACGCGCGCAUCAGAUCCUAUGCUCUGAUUGAUUCCAUGCUGUCUUGCUUAGGCCGCAUCAUCGAACGAAUUCGCCAACGCUGAGCAUCACUGGACACUCUCACCAUUGCAUGCUCCGGCCAACGCAACUGUGAGCAAUUCGGCUUGUCGCCGUGCGCCAUUCAUUACAGCUCUCCAUCUCGCGUCUUUGACCCUCGAGCUCUUCUCACACCGUCAUCUCCAAUUACGUCGGAUCAUAUAUUGCACGAUGGCGCCCAAAUCCAGAUUUACCAGGCUUGAUGCCUUCACAAAGACCGUCGAGGACGCCAGGAUCCGCACCACCAGCGGCGGAGUUGUCACGCUCGUUUCUUUCGUGGUCAUACUAUUCCUUGUAUGGGGCGAAUGGGUGGACUAUCGCAAGAUCGUGGUACAUCCAGAGUUGAUCGUCGACAAGGGUCGUGGCGAGAAGAUGGAGAUUCACAUGAACAUAACCUUCCCAAGGAUACCCUGCGAAUUGCUGACGCUGGAUGUGAUGGAUGUCAGUGGAGAGAUCCAGGCUGGUGUUAUGAGUGGCAUUAACAAAGUCCGACUAAGGUCAGAAGCAGAGGGCGGAGGUGAGAUCGACAGCAAGCCUCUCAACCUGCAUCCAAACGACCCAGUUCCACACCUCGCCCCGGACUACUGUGGAGGAUGUUAUGGUGCUCCUGCACCUCCCAAUACCGCGAAGCCGGGAUGCUGCAAUACGUGUGCCGAAGUGCGGGAAGCCUAUGCAAGCGUCUCGUGGUCGUUCGGAAGAGGAGAAAAUGUGGAGCAGUGUGAGCGGGAGCAUUAUGCAGAACAACUGGACAUACAAAGAAAAGAGGGAUGCAGAAUCGAAGGUGGCAUUCGCGUGAACAAGGUCGUAGGAAAUUUCCACUUCGCGCCGGGAAAGAGCUUCAGUAAUGGUAUGAUGCACACGCAUGAUCUACAAAAUUACCAGGAAAUCUCUGGUGAUACCGUCCACACUUUCACCCACAAGAUCCACCAUUUGCGUUUUGGCCCGGAGUUGCCAGAUGAAGUAGUCAAGCGAGUGGGCAAGAAGGGAAUGGCAUGGUCGAACCAUCAUCUCAACCCCCUCGACGACACAAAACAAGAGACCAACGAAAAUCUGUACAACUACAUGUACUUCGUAAAGGUCGUCUCCACUGCGUACCUACCAUUGGGCUGGGAGCGGACAAACACCGUUCUCGAUAUUCCUCAUGAGCUGAUCGAGCUCGGUGGAUACGGCAAGAGCGAGUCUGGGAGCCUCGAGACACACCAGUACUCCGUUACAUCGCACAAGCGAUCUCUCAUGGGAGGUGACGCCGGCCGAGAAGGUCACAAAGAGCGUCUCCACGCCUACGGCGGCAUUCCAGGCGUGUUCUUCUCUUACGACAUUUCGCCCAUGAAAGUGAUCAAUCGCGAAUCGCGAGCCAAAACUUUCACUGGAUUCUUGGUGGGUGUUUGUGCUGUUGUCGGUGGUACUCUGACGGUUGCGGCAGCUGUAGAUCGCGCAUUGUACGAGGGUGUACAGCGCGUAAACAAGAUGCACUCGAAUUAGAAAGUCGUACAAAUCAAAUGCUU